AGAAAUUUAUGAGGUGAAGAGACGCGAUUUUAGCGUUUCUUGGGGUUUCUUGGACUGUUUAAAAACCAGAAUCUUGCCUGCAAUCAGAAGUACAGCCCGUAUUUCUACCCCGAGGAGGUGGUUUACCACUUCGGACUGUUUCAUCCACACCUAUAAAGUGAUUGAGACCUUCAGUGAAGCUCCUCCUACAACAAUCCACCAAUAACACCGAGAGAAAUCACUUCAUGUGUGACAACUGAAAUCUUCAUGACAUAAUGUUGGUGCUGGUGAAAGAGGAGCUUGAGAAGAUGAGAGAUCCACAACCAAUCAGAAUAAAGAUUGAAGAUACUGAAGAACGAAUAGAUAUGAUAGAAGUGAAGAAGGAGAGUCACGAUGAAGUGGAUGAGAAACAUCAAAUUGUAAAAAUAAACCAUAAUGUUUCACAGAAAGGAACACUGAGAACAGAAGACAUAAAGUGUGAAAAGAGUUUCAGUCAAGAUGUACGCCCUAAGAAUUACAAUAGGACUAAUAGCGAGGAGAAGCCAUUCACAUGUCAUCUGUGUGAAAAGAGUUACAGAUUUAAAAGUAAACUUGAGACUCACAUGAGAACUCACACUGGAGAGAAACCUUACAUGUGUCAUCUGUGUGGAAAGAGUUUCACAUUUAAAUCUGACCUUAAUAUACACACAAAAAUUCACAGUGGAGAGAAAUCACAUAAGUGCUAUGAGUGUCAAAAGAGUUUUACAUCUGCAGGUAACCUUAAGAAACAUUUGAGAGUUCACACCAGAGAAAAACCUUACACGUGUCAUCUGUGUGGAAAGAGUUUCACAGUUAAAGCUAGCCUUCAGUUACACAUGAGAAUUCACACCGGAGAAAAACCUUACACAUGUCUUCAGUGUGGAAAGAAUUUCACAGUUAAAUCUAGCCUUAAGUUACACAUGAGAAUUCACACCGGAGAGAAACCACACGCGUGCCAUGAGUGUGAAAAGAGUUUUACAACUGCAGGUAACCUUAGGACACACAUGAAUAUUCACACCGGAGAGAAACCAUUCACAUGUCAUCUGUGUGAAAACAGUUUCAGAGAAAAAAUAACCCUUGAGACUCACAUGAGAAUUCACACUGGAGAGAAACCUUACACUUGUCUUGAGUGUGGAAAGAGUUUCACAGUUGAAAGUAACCUUAAGAGACACGCAAAGAUUCACACCAGAGAGAAACCAUUCACAUGCCAUGAGUGUAAAAAAAGUUUUAGAAGUAAAUGUAGCCUUAAAACCCACAUGAAAAUUCAUGGUGUAGAGAAAACGUACUAAUUUCUUCAGUGAAACAGUUUCAAAAGUCAAGGCGCUGUUAAGAAACACAUGACAAUUCACAUCAGAUGGAAACCGUUCACAUGUCACACAGAAGAAAACCUACCCUUUGAAAACACAUGAAACCGUUUGCAUGUCCUUAUUGUGGACAGUGUUUUAUGUGAGAAACAAGUCUCAGAAAUCACCAGUGCUUACCAUCUCUCUGUCAGUUAUCCCUGCUCUCACUCACAUUAUCAAUUCAUCCCGGUCCACUGGCACCUCGGCUCGGAUAACUCAGCUGCUGAAGAAACCCACACUCAAUUCUGCUAUGCAAGAGAACUACAGACCCGUUUCUCUUCUCCCCUUCAUUGCAAUGACUCUUGAACGUGUGGUGUUCAACCAGCUCUCCUAUUUCUUCACACAAAAUAACCUCCUGGAUAGCAUUCAGUCUGGUUUCAAAAGCGGUCACUCCACUGAGACUGUGCUGCUCUCAGUCAUUGAAGCCCUAAGGCACGCAAGGGCAGCCUCCAAAUCAUCUGUGCUGAUCUUACUGGAUCUAUCUGCCGCUUUUGACACGGUCAAUCACCGCAUCCUCCUGUCGACCCUCAUGUCUAUGGGUGUCUCUGACACAGCGCUUCUAUGGUUCAAGUCGUACCUCUCAGGUGGGUCAUUUUGCGUAUCCUGGAGUGGUGACGUCUCCGAACCCCAACGUCUCAUUACCGGGGUGCCUCAAGGUUCUGUGCUUGGACCACUGCUCUUUUCGAUAUAUAUGGCAUCCCAGGGCUCUGUCAUUCGAAAACACGGCUUUUCCUACCACUGCUAUGCGGACGACACUCAACUCUACUUGUCGUUUCACCCUGAUGAUCCCCCGGUUUCUGCCCGCAUCUCGGCAUGCCUGAGCGACAUCUCACUCUGGAUGAAGGAUCACCAUCUCCAGCUUAACCUUGCGAAGACAUAACUGCAUGUCAUAUCAUCUGAACCAAAUUGAGCACAACCUUUCCAUUCAGCUAGGUUCCUCGACCAUCACGCCUUCCAGGAUGGCCAAAAACCUGGGAGUGGUCAAUGAUGAUCGGCUUAGCUUCACAGAGCAUUUUGCCAGCACCGCUUGCUCUUCUAGAUUCAUCCUCUACAAUAUUAAGAAAAUUAGACCUUUCUUGAAUGAUCAUGCUACGCAGGUCCUAGUCCAAGCUCUUGUCCUGUCCAGGCUGGACUACUGCAAUGCGCUACUGGCAGGGCUUCCAGCCUGCACGACCAAACCCCUACAGAUGAUUCAGAACGUAGCGGCAAGAGUGGUCCUCAAUGAGCCGAAGAGGGCGUAUGUCACUCCUCUCUUUGUCAAAUUACACUGGCUUCCUGUAGCAGCUCGCAUCAAAUUUAAGGCUCUGCUCCUGGCCUUUAAAACCACCACUGGGUCAGCACCCCCUUACCUUACUUAUAGAGCCUUAUGUACCCUUAUGUGCCACCGAGCGACGGCUUGUGGUGCCAUCUCAAAAAGGGAAAAGAAAACUAGCGCGUACCUUCUCAGGAGCUGUUCUACAACUGUGGAAUGAUCUGCUGGUCUCGACACAAUCUGCUGACACUGUAGCUGUCUUUAAGACUCUGCUAAAAACCCAUCUUUUCCGCCAUUACCUCACUUCCGAAUAACUGACCUACUAUCUUUCUCUAUUUCUCUUUAUCUCUAUAUGUACAGUCAUGUGAAAAAAUUAGGACACCACAUUACAUUUUCUGUUAUUUAUUAAGAAAUAUUUACAAAUCACUGGUUUUCAUCUUGUUUUUAUUUUUGUCUGGAAAAGAAAGUGAUUUAUUGCAGGUAAACAACAAAAACUGACCUAGUUUUACUCCUUAAACAAAAUAUUAACAAAAAUGUGAAUUCUCACAGAGGAAAAGGUUAGGACAUCCCAAAAAUUAUUCCCACUUAAAUUGGCUUAAAUCAAACAGGUGUAUCAUAACAGGUACAAAUGUUUAGAACAUUGUUACGAGGAGGCUUGCCCUAUUUAAAUCUCACACAUUUUGUUUGGUGUACUCUUGGCUGUUGAGGUGAGAGUGGACACCAUGGUGAGAUCAAAAGAGCUAUCCGAGGCCUUCAGACAGAAGAUUGUAGAAGCUUAUGAGUCUGGAAAGGGAUUUUAAAAGAUCUCCAAAGAUUUUGAAAUCAGCCAUUCCACUGUCUGGAAAAUAGUCUACAAGUGGAGGACAUUCAAAGCAACUGCAAACAUGCCCAGGUCUGGCUGUCCAAGCAAGUUCAUCCAAAGAGCAGACUGCAAAAUGCUAAAAGAGGUCACCAAAAACCCUAACAUUUCAUACCAUGACCUACAGCAGGCUCUUGCUACUGUUGAUGUGAAAGUGCCUGCCUCUACAAUUUAGAAAGAGACUACACAAGUUUUACUUUCAUGGAAGGUGUGCAAGGAGGAAACCUUGCUCUCUAAGAAAAACGUAAAGGCCAGACUGAAGUUUGCCAGAGAGAAUGUAGACAAAGUCCAGGACUUCUGGAAUAAUGUUCUUUGGACAGAUGAGUCUAAAAUUGAAUUAUUAGGACACAGCAACAGAGGACAUGUUUGACGUAAACCAAAUACAGCAUUCUAGAAAGGAACCUCAUACCAACUGUAAAACAUGGUGGUGGAUGUGUCCUGGUUUGGGGGUGUUUUGCUGCAGCAGGACCUGGCCAGCUCAUCAGCAUAGAAUCCACCAUGAAUCCCACUGUGUAUCAGGGGGUGCUUGAGGAACAUGUGAGACCAUCUGUAAAAAAUUAAAGCUGAAGCGGAACUGGAUCCUGCAACAGGACAAUGACCCAAAACAUACCAGUAAAUUCACCAAGAACUGGCUGAAAACGAAAUAGAAGUACUGGAAUGGCAGAGUCAAAGCCCAGAUCUGAAUCCCAUUGAGAUUCUGUGGGCUGACUUGAAACGGGCUGUACAUGCAAGAAACCCAUCAAAUAUCUCACAGCUAAAAGAAUUUUGCCUUGAGGAGUGGGGCAAACUUUCCUCAAACCAAUGUCAGAGCCUGGUAUAUGGCUACAAGAAGCGUUCCACUGAAGUAAUUUCAGCCAAAGGGGGUAACACUUGCUAUUAGUGGGCAGGGUGUCCUGACUUUUUCCUCCAUGAGAAUUUUUUUUUAAAUCUUUUGUUUAAUGAGUAACACUAGGUCAGUUUUUCUGGUUUACUUGCAAUUAAAUCACUUGAAAAUGAAAACCAGUGAUGUGUAAGUAUUUCUUAAUAAAGAACAGAAAAUGUAAUGGGGUGUCCUAAUUUUUCACCUGACUGUAUACUGUGUUGGACUUGAUACUAUUUCCAGUGCACUUAUGUAUUGCUGUUCUUGUGUUGCUAUAAUUUCUUCUAUUGUUUACCUAAUUUGUAAGUCGCUUUGGACAAAAGCGUCUGCUAAAUGACUAAAUGUACAUUCUGAAGAUAAGACAUUCGUCUCUUCUGUGCAGUAAUUUGUUUACUAUGGAAUUGCAUCAGAAGAUACACACAAAUGGUCAUGAGUGGACCUUCAAAUGUAAAGUGUUAAAGGUAUAGCAGAACAUUUUCCAGAAUUUUAGAAAAGAACUGCCCUCCACUUUUUAAAAAUGCACAUGCGCAACACUUAACCUGCUCCCAAGAUGGAACGCCUAUUAAACGUGUGCACGAGAGAGCAUGCACGAGCCUAGUUAUUCUCAUGCAGGCUCUGUUUACAAGUUGCUGUCAUUAUUAUAUUGAUCGAUUGAGUCGAAUGAUCUGCAGUGGAGAAGUAGCUUGUUGCAUUAGUGUAAUAAAUACUGUGGUGAACACAUUGGGAUUAUCAAAAUGAACACAAGGUUUUAGAAGAUAUCAGCGUGAUACCUUUUACCAUUUGGUCAUAAGGCUACUUUAGACAAAUUGAGAUGUUUUCCAUGUGUGACUUGUGCUAGCGCUAGCAUCCCUAAUCAUAGCUAAGAUCAACUUUUACUAGCAGUGAUUUUAAAUGGAUUUCUCCAAAUAGCAUGGCAAACUUUACCUGUUGAGUAGAAACUUUGUGACUGAGGCAUCAGUGGGAAACCCAAACUGUGCUUUUAGCACACGCCAGCAUGUGAAAUAUUCUCCCCAAAAAAAUCUGGUCUCGUUUCUUCAGAGGCCUUUCUCUUAUUGUCAUACAAUUUGUAGACACUUUUUCUCUUGCGACCCUCAGACAUCGGAGCGCCUCCGCCAUUUCCGAAUAGAUUCAGACGCUCUUAACAUACCACGUGCCACAGGACAAUCUGAUUAGAUAAUCUGUUCAACCAUUAAGACUUUAACUAGGAUUGUCGCAAGGGGUAAAAGAGGCCCAAAUUCAGCCGAUUAUCUUUUGGGAUGUACUGGGAUUUCCACCGACUGCGGAACGGCUGCGGAUCCAUUGCGGAACGGCGGCGGAGUCAAUCGGUUUCCAUUCAAGUCAAUGUGUGUAUUUCCACUGACUGCGCUCCGAAUCCGUCACAGCUCCGGCCAUCCGCAGCCCUCCGGCACAAAUACGCAGAGCAUCUAUUUUUGACGGAUGCCGGACAGCUCCGCAGGGCGGAGCCAUGACUUUAUCGCGUGAACAUACCUGAAUUCGCGAGAAAGCUGAAGCGGAACUGGAUCCUGCAACAGGACAAUGACCCAAAACAUACCAGUAAAUUCACCAAGAACUGGCUGAAAACGAAAUAGAAGUACUGGAAUGGCAGAGUCAAAGCCCAGAUCUGAAUCCCAUUGAGAUUCUGUGGGCUGACUUGAAACGGGCUGUACAUGCAAGAAACCCAUCAAAUAUCUCACAGCUAAAAGAAUUUUGCCUUGAGGAGUGGGGCAAACUUUCCUCAAACCAAUGUCAGAGCCUGGUAUAUGGCUACAAGAAGCGUUCCACUGAAGUAAUUUCAGCCAAAGGGGGUAACACUUGCUAUUAGUGGGCAGGGUGUCCUGACUUUUUCCUCCAUGA